AUGAAUUUUAUAUCAGAACAAACUACUAUUCAAACAUCUUUACCAGAUACUAAUACAGAUAUUAAAAAUAUUUUAAUUUCUAUUAGUAACUAUAAAACAAUUUAUAGUUUUGUUUUCUCUCAACAUAUCAAUUAUAUUUAUAAAAAAUUUAAAAUUACAACCAAUCAACUCAUCAACUUUGAUCUAAAUACAAUUCCAGAAGAAAUUUCAAAUUUUUUAAAAAGAAAUAAACUUUCAAAUCACUCAAAUUUAAUAUUAAAAAAUUAUAGAGAAUAUAAUACAAUAGAUUAUAAUAGAGUUUUUGAGUUUUUAGAAGAGUACCUAGAAAAAUCAAACUAUAAUAUGGAAAUAGAUUGUUCUCAAAAAACAACUAUGAAAGAUAUCUUGGACAAAGAAAAUAAAUAUUUGAUAAACUUAAGAAACUUACUUCAAGAUAAAUUCCAAAAAUUAUGUGCUUUAGAAACAACAGCCUCAUCAUAA